AUGACAAACAACGUCUCAAUCCUUAUAAUCAACCCCAACUCGACCGCGUCGAUGACAGAGGCACUGAAGCCGCUCCUACGGGACCUGCUUCAUCCAAACCUUUACCUCGACUUCUACACUGCUCCUUCAUCGGCACCGAAAUCGAUCGAUGACGAGGAGACCUCUGAAGCCUCAGCAAGAGAAACGCUGCCCCAGCUGCUGAACCUACUCGAAGACAGACAGCCUUGUGUCUAUGCCGCAUAUCUCGUUGCGUGCUAUUCAGCGCACCCGCUGACGCUGAUCCUACGAGGGCGCCUCCAUGUGCCAGUUCUAAACAUAUUCGAGGCAUCCGUCAUACGCGCGAGGUCGCUGGGCCUCCCGUUCGGCAUUGUCACCACCGGAAAGUACUGGGAGGGCGCCCUCAGCGCUGGCAUAGCGCAGAUCAAGCUGGGCGCGUCCGGAGAGCAUGUCGAAAGCAUAUGGACGCACGAGAACUUCGUCGGUGUGCGCAGCACUGGGCUAAGCGCGGCAGAGCUGCAUUCGACAGCUCGCGAAGAGGUCGACAGGCGAAUUAUGGAGGCCAGCGCCGAGCUGAUACGGGAGGGCGCCCAAGUUGUGUUGCUCGGCUGUGCAGGCAUGAGCGGCAUGGAGGAGGCGAUUAUGCGCGGGGCUCGCAGUGAGGGAAAGGAGGUACAGAUUAUUGACGGAGUGCGGGCCGGAAUUGAGUUGCUGGAGGCAUGGAUAGGCAUAGGAAGCUACUAA